GUUUUCUCUCUCCUCCCCUUUCUCCUUCGUUUUGUCUGACUCUGCAGAACUUUUUUCCCUCUUCAGACAACUAAAGCCUGUCUCACCGAACAGGAAGAAGCAAAACCCCCCCCCCCCCAAAAUUCCAGAAAAAAUCGAGUCAAAAACCCUAGGCGAACACGACCUGCUACAAAGUCCCUAUCUCUCUCCAUUUUCAUGGAAUCUCUCUCCAAAUCUUCGCACAGGAGAAAGCACUCAACUACGACGGCGAAUGUCUUCUCCUCAUCUUUCUCCUUCAAGAACCCCUACGGAGACGUUUUACUGCCGAAUGGAGCUGAGAGGAAGUCGCUACAAGUUCACGAGUACUCCGAGAUUUUCUCCGGCUCCUCUUCCAUUCCAGUGCUUGAUCUUUCGGCCAUGGACGAGCGGGUCGCCUUGGGCGAUCUCCGGAGCUCCAAGCUCGAUUACACCAACAUCUUCUCCGGCUUGACGCAUGACGACGUUUUCGUGCCGUACGAGGAGUUGCUUAAUGGUUCUGCUAAGAGAGCUAAACCGCGGAUUCCAAUGGAGGGGCGGCCUCAUAGACAAGAAUCAGGUUCUCGACAUUCUUCAAGAAAGACACAAAGGUCCCCUGGUGUGGCAUCUGAUCAGUCUAUUGAUAGAGUUAAGCUGCAAGAAUCAGGUUCUCCACCUUCUAUAGUAAAGAUGGAAAGGCCCUCUGGUGUGGCAUCUGAUCCAUCUUUUGAUGAAGGGAAGCUGCAAGAAUCUGGUUCUCUACAUCCUUCAAUAAAAACAGAAAGGCCCUCUGGUGUGGUAUCUGAACAGUCUACCGAUGGAAGUGAGCAGCAAUUUAACUUGUCUUUCAAUAGGACCAAUCAAAUAAAUGUUGAUGCAUCAGAUGCGAAGACGCACAUAGCAGAGCUCCAUGCUGUUCCUGGAUUUACUCAUUUUGUUGAUGGAGGUCGGCCACAUAAGGGAAAGAAUGACAGGCCACCUUUACUCAAACACGAAGUUAGUCGCACUUGGAGUUUCAGUGCUGAAGUUGAACCUGUCAAUGCUGAUGGUGGAUCAAGCUUGGAGAAAUCACGGGUACUGGAUGAGUCUCACCAUGUGAAUGAACUUAAUUUCAAUUCACCACUGUCAAAUGCACCCAUGUCGUCAAGUCAUCCAACAAAUUUAAGUGAUAACAAGGAAGUCAGACAGUCAAGGACAUCUGGGUUUGCUUCUAAAGAAGAUGUUUCGCAGAAGAUUGCUGGUGAAUCUCCUGAGGAUUUUGAUGAUAACUCUGUUGAUGGUGUAUCUGCUGCUGCCUUGAAGAAGGCCAUAGAACAGGCACAAGAAAGUAUAAGAAUAGCGAAAAUAAUAAUGGAAAAGAAGAAGGAUGGUUAUCAAGAUGGAUCAAAGCUUAGGCCUAUAAGUUGCUUGAAAGUUGCAGAUAGGGAAACUAAAAUUGACCAUGAGGCCUUUGGAUCAAAAAACAACAGUACCAGGAAAAAGUACGAAGAAAUAGAUCCUAUAUUCUCUGCACCUGCCGGGUUUGAUGGAAAAUUAACUCCAUGUUUUCCUGCUGAACGUUCUGAGGGCAAAAGGGUGUUGGAGAAUGUUGUAACAGAUAAUGAACCAGGAGAGACAUUUGCAGGCCGAAAUAAGUUAUUUGCUUCAAAUGACACUCAGAGUGAGACAACACAGGUUGAUGAAACUGUUCAAGUAGAAAAGCUUGAAAAAAAUGUGGAAGCAGAUGAAGUGCUAAGAGAGGGAAAAAGUUCUUCUGGAUGUGAAGCUGUUGAUUUGGAGCCUGCAAAGGCAGGCAACUUUAAUAGCUUAGUACCCCCCAUGAGUGAACUUGCAUCUGACCUUGGAAGGUUGGAAACAGGCACAGAAACCUUUAAACGGAGAAAUGUUACCGCUGCUCUUAUAAAAAGAUCUGAAGUUGUUCCUGAACUAGUGGAAGGGGCACAGCAUACAUCCCAAAGGACACAAGGGAUAGAGAAGAGUUGGGAAGAAGGUGAAGUAUGUCAGACCACUUUUGUUCAUGCAGAAGGACCUCAAAAUGAUGGUGGAAAGGUACUCAGUAGUUCUCAAAGAAUUGCUGAGCAUGACAAGGCAGUGGAUGAAGAUUGUGAAAAUUUAAGGACCUGCCCAGAGGAUGGAGUGAAUGAUGAGAGAGAAAAUGAUAGGGAUGAUAAGAAACAGCAUGAGAAGAAACUUGAAGAGUGUGACAAAAUGGCUAAUGCAAGAUCAGAGUCUAAUGACAUGCUCGAUGAAUCACAUAAUCUGGCUAGGAAUGAAAGUCUGGACCCACAAGAGAUAGACAGAAAAACUGAAAGUGUCUCUGGAUUCGAAGUGGAUGGCCAGAGACAUGCAAAAAAUUAUGAUGAAGAAAUUAGGAGGACCGGGCAGACAGAGGGCCGCCUCUGGUUUGACGAUAAAGAGCAGCUGAAGGAAGUCUUGCUGGAGGAGGUAAUCAAUGAUGGGAAAUCUGAUGUGUUCCCAGAAGUAGGGGAGUCAAAAAUUAAAGUUGACAAGGCUCAUCAACCGCAAAUUAAUGAUAACAAGCAGUAUUUUGCUGAUACUGGUGAAGAGCCAAAAUUAACUGAAGAACUUCUACGGAAUCAAGUUGAAGAGGAACAUGUUAAUACUACUAUUAAGUAUGAAACUGUGGGGACCAAUGUGAUGGAGGCAAACCAUUGCACCAAUGUUCAGAAGAGGGAAACUGAGGAAACAGACAACAGUAAGAGGGGUGCUGGCAAAGGUGAAGGUCAAGAGGCUGCUUGUCAAGGGGAUGUCAAUGAAGCUGUUAAUUUGGGUAGUGGAGAGGCUAGCAUCAUCUUUUCUGCUCCUCAUACUAAUGGAACUAGCAAUAUCGUUGCUGAAACUGAAGAAUCCUGUUGUGUUGAGUCAAACAGCAAAGCGGAAGAACAUCAUAAAUCAGUCAAAAAUUCUGAAGAGGAUGUGCCCAAAUCAAAGGGAGCAGUUUCUGCACUUGGUGAGGACCGGAUGGAAGAAGGAUCGUUCAGUCUGCUGGGUGAUGAAAUGCUCAGAACUAACUAUUUGCAUCGGAGUGCCUCUGAAGAGAUUUUCGUGAAAAACAAACUGCUUGAUACUUUUGAAGGUCUUCCUUCUGAUAGCAGAACAGAAGCUGUUGAUCUCAUGGAUGCGGAUGCCGAAGAAAACCUGUCACAAGAUGAGGAUGUAUCUAAAACAACUAGUGAUAUUCAUACUGCUGCGCAAGAAUAUGUUGCUGAAAUUAAUAGACAAGAUAUACCUCAGGACCUUGAAUCUCAUUUUACAGGAGUAGAACUGAACUUCCCAGAUGUAGAACAGGUGUUGGAGCAAACUAAGGAGAGUGAUGAAGGACCUAUAUCAGCCUCAAGCUUUGAGAAGAAAGAUGAGCUGUCUGCUCAAAAAUCUGAAGAAUGUCCAGAAAAUGUGAAGGCCACGACCUCAAACAAGGAAGAACUAAGUAAUGACAUGGUUUCUGAUGAAAGAAAAUGCGCUGAGGAACAAAUUGAAGGAUUAUACUCUCAGUUACAUGAUGAACCCAAAGAAACGGAUGGACCCUUGGAAACUGAGGAAGCGGUAGAUACAGAUGUGAACGUGGAAAAGGAUAAGGAAAAUCUUGUUGGAACUUCAUCUAUGGAAGAGAUAGAUGCCAAAGAAUGUGUGCAGAACUUUGAGAGCAAUGAUCAACAGCAACGAAUAGAAGCCAUAAAAAGGGGAAGAGAGCGGGAAAAGGAUAGGAUAGCUGUGGAAAGGGCAAUUCGUGAAGCUCGUGAGAGAGCAUUUGCUGAAGUUCGAGAAAGGGCAGAAAGAGCUGCUGUGGAGAGAGCAGCUACUGAAGUUCGGCAAAGGGUUAUGGCAGAGGCUCGGGAGAAGGUUGAGAAGCCUUCUGUGGUUAAGCAACCACUUGAUAAGGCCUCCACAGAAGCCAAACUUAAAGCUGAACGAGCUGCAGUAGAAAGAGCCACAGCAGAGGCUCGUGAGCGUGCUCUAGAGAAAGCAAAGUCUCUAAAAACUUCCGAAGAGUUGAAAACACCAGUUGACAGACACUCCACUGAAAGGUUUUCUAGUUCUUCCAGAAAUAAUGUACUGAAGCACAGCUUUUCUUCCUCAGAUCUGGAGACUGGAAUCAACAGUGAAUCAGCACAAAGGCGUAAAGCAAGACUAGAGAGACAUCAGAGGAUAAUGGAGCGAGCAGCAAAAGCACUCGCAGAGAAGAAUAUGCGGGAUCAUCUUGCACAGAAAGAGCAGGCUGAGAGAAAUAGACUUGCUGAAUCUCUGGAUGCUGAUAUUAAAAGAUGGGCCACAGGAAAGGAGGGAAACUUGCGUGCACUUCUCUCAACUUUGCAAUAUAUCCUUGGUCCAGAAAGUGGUUGGCAUUCUAUUUCCUUGACGGAGAUCAUUACAACUGCAGCUGUGAAGAAGGCCUACCGAAAGGCAACUCUUUGUGUACACCCUGACAAGUUGCAACAAAGAGGAGCUAGUGUUCAACAAAAAUACAUAUGCGAAAAGGUUUUUGAUCUUCUUAAGGCAGCAUGGAACAGGUUCAACUCGGACGAGAGAUGAUCAAGUAAGUAGUGACAGUAGCCUUUGCCCUCCUGUUUAUUCAUUUAUUUUAUUUUACUGUUUUUCCUUUGGAGGGGUGUAAUUUCAUGCUCUCACUAGAUAGAGUUGGCCUGGUGGUAUAUGGUGACCCUAUUUAGAUAGCUAGAUGUAAUUUCAUUACUCUGAACAAGCAGUAUGCGAGAAAAAAAAAUGAAGCUAUUAAGGUCCAAAUAAGUUCGUCAUGUUAUAUUUAAUCCAUUUAAAAGUCAGUGUUAAAAACAAUGUGUGAAAUUCAUGAUUUCACGUGUUACUUUGUUACGACUUCAUUUCAAGUCUCUGGCAACCAUAUCAGCUUUAAUGCCCAACUUCCACCAGUGUUGUAAAUGUACGAAUUAUAUGGAUAAAUGUUUUUUAUAUCAA